GUUCAGUGUUUAGAGCCCAUAACAACCCUUCAUCAACCUCCGCCCAGCUGAUCCACUGCGGACAACAAUGACGGAUAACAUACAGUUACAGCCCGUACGACACAAAAAACGACACGACAACAAACAAAGAGACGGGUGUUGCCCAUGGUCCAGAUGUUGUGGAGGGGGAGAUUUCCGUCCCCGGACGGUGUGGUUGGGCCAUCCGGAAAAAAGGGAACAGAGGUACCCAAGAAAUGUCAUAAACAACCAGAAAUACAAUUUUUUCACCUUCCUUCCUGGGGUGUUGUUUAACCAGUUCAAAUACUUCUUCAACCUGUAUUUUCUGCUGUUGGCCUGCUCUCAGUUUGUGAAUGAACUUAGGUUAGGGGCCUUGUACACAUACUGGGUUCCUCUGGGGUUUGUGUUAAUUAUUACGAUCGUGAGGGAAGCUGUCGAAGAAAUGCGAUGUUAUCUUCGAGACAAAGAGGUCAAUUCACAGAUCUACAGCAAACUUUCCACAAGAGGAACUGUGAAGGUGAAAAGCAGUGGCAUCCAGGUUGGAGAUCUUAUCAUUGUUGAAAAGAACCAACGUGUUCCUGCUGACAUGAUCUUCCUAAGAACCUCUGAAAGAAAUGGCUCCUGCUUUCUAAGGACUGAUCAGUUGGAUGGAGAGACAGAUUGGAAACUACGCCUCCCAGUGACCUGUACUCAGAGACUCCCUACUGCUGCUGAUCUACUGCAGAUCAGAUCAUAUGUUUACGCUGAAGAACCAAACAUUGACAUCCACAACUUCAUCGGUACCUUCACCAGAGAAGAUGGUGACCCUCCAGUCAAUGAGAGUUUAAGUAUUGAAAACACUCUUUGGGCGAGCACUGUCAUUGCCUCUGGCACAGUUGUUGGGGUGGUGAUUUACACUGGUAAAGAACUACGGAGUGUAAUGAAUACCUCAAACCCAAGACAUAAGAUCGGUCUGUUUGACCUGGAGGUGAACUGUCUGACUAAGAUCUUGUUUGGUGCUCUGGUCGUGGUGUCGUUGGUCAUGGUGGCUCUUCAGCACUUCGCUGGUCGCUGGUAUCUCCAAAUCUUCCGUUUUCUCCUGCUCUUCUCCAACAUCAUCCCUAUCAGUCUGCGUGUGAAUUUGGACAUGGGCAAAAUGGUGUUCAGCUGGAUGAUCAAGAAAGACUCCAAGAUCCCAGGAACGGUGGUCCGAGCCAGCACCAUACCAGAACAGCUGGGCCGAAUCUCUUAUCUCCUCACAGAUAAAACUGGCACUCUCACUCAGAACGAGAUGGUUUUCAGGCGAUUACAUCUUGGAACCGUGGCAUAUGGGAUGGACUCAAUGGACGAAGUGCAGAGUCACGUGUUCAGUGCUUACACUCAGCCCCCUCAAGACCUCCAGGCCUCUCGUGCGCCAGGAGCCACCAAAGUGAGGAAGACCAUCAGCAGUCGAGUGCACGAGGCAGUGAAGGCCAUCGCGCUGGUGCACAACGUGACGCCGGUGUAUGAGUCUAACGGUGUCACAGACCAAGCAGAGGCUGAACAGCAUUAUGAAGACACCUGCAGAGUUUACCAGGCCUCCAGUCCUGAUGAGGUGUCUCUUGUUCAGUGGACAGAGAGUGUAGGUCUGACACUGGUUGGUAGAGAUCAGUCCUCCAUGCAGCUGAGGACACCUAGUGGACAAAUUCUGAACUUCACAAUCCUGCAGAUUUUUCCUUUCACCUAUGAGAGCAAACGCAUGGGCAUUAUAGUGCGGGAUGAAUCCACAGGAGAGAUCACGUUUUACAUGAAGGGAGCUGAUGUGGUGAUGGCCGGCAUCGUUCAAUACAACGACUGGCUCGAAGAGGAGUGUGGGAAUAUGGCCAGGGAAGGCUUGAGGGUGUUAGUGGUGGCCAAAAAAUCCCUAACAGAAGAACAAUACCAAGAUUUUGAGGCUCGCUAUGUCCAAGCCAAGUUGAGUGUGCAUGAUCGUUCGCUGAAGGUUGCCACAGUGAUAGAGAGUCUGGAGAUGGAGAUGGAGCUCUUGUGUCUGACGGGAGUGGAGGACCAGCUACAGGCAGAUGUCAGACCCACACUGGAGAUACUGCGCAACGCUGGCAUUAAAGUUUGGAUGCUGACUGGGGACAAAUUAGAGACUGCAACCUGCACAGCCAAGAACGCCCACCUAGUGACCCGCAAUCAGGACAUCCAUGUGUUCAGGCCCGUAACCACUCGAAGUGAAGCUCACCUUGAGCUCAACGCCUUCAGGAGGAAACAUGACUGUGCACUGGUGAUAUCAGGAGAUUCUUUGGAGGUCUGUCUGAAGUAUUACGAGUAUGAGUUUAUGGAUUUGGCAUGUCAGUGUCCAGCUGUCGUGUGUUGCCGAUGUGCUCCCACACAGAAAGCUCAGAUUGUUCGUCUGCUGCAGGAACGCACUGGCAGACUCACCUGUGCUGUGGGGGAUGGUGGAAAUGAUGUCAGCAUGAUCCAGGAAGCAGACUGUGGCGUGGGAGUGGAGGGCAAAGAAGGGAAGCAGGCGUCUCUGGCGGCCGAUUUCUCCAUCACUCAGUUUAAAUACUUGGGCAGACUGCUGAUGGUACACGGCAGAAACAGCUACAAACGCUCCGCCGCACUCAGUCAGUUUGUUAUUCACCGAAGUCUAUGCAUCAGUACCAUGCAGGCCGUGUUCUCCUCUGUCUUCUACUUUGCAUCCGUUCCGCUGUAUCAAGGCUUUCUCAUUAUCGGGUACUCCACUAUCUACACCAUGUUCCCUGUUUUCUCCCUUGUUUUGGAUAAAGAUGUCAAGUCAGAGGUGGCCAUGCUAUAUCCAGAACUUUAUAAGGAUCUUCUUAAGGGACGGCCUCUCUCGUUCAAAACCUUCUUAAUAUGGGUGUUGAUCAGUAUCUACCAAGGCAGCAUCAUCAUGUAUGGAGCUCUGCUGCUGUUCGAGUCAGAGUUUGUUCACAUCGUGGCAAUCUCAUUCACCUCUCUGAUCCUGACUGAGCUACUGAUGGUGGCGUUGACCGUGCAGACAUGGCACUGGUUAAUGAUCGUAGCCGAGCUCCUCAGUCUGGCCUGCUACAUCGCAUCUCUCGUCUUCUUGCAUGAGUUCAUUGAUGUGUAUUUUAUCGCCACCCUAUCUUUCGUGUGGAAGGUGACCGCCAUCACUUUGGUCAGCUGCUUGCCACUCUACAUCCUCAAAUAUCUGCGUCGACGGUUCUCCCCACCGAGCUACUCCAAACUGACCACUUAAAGUUCGCUGCUGCCUGCCAGGACUAAUGCAAAAAAAAACUUGCCUCAGACCGGCUAGCUCUUCCACCUCUAACAAAGUUGAGACAUGACUAAAACUGCUAGAACUCCUGGUUUGGUGCAGUUCUUUUAACCUGAGCACUCCAAUAACACAAAAUACAGGUGUGACUAUUAAGUUUGAUAAGAACAUCCUGGACUCUGAUUCUUUGGUUGAAGAGUCAAUAAAGGUAUUCAGACUUGACGUGAAUUUGUAGGCUUACCCAGAAUGUUAAUUCGCCGUGGGUUCUGGUGGGAACUUCUAUUAUUAUGUUUUUAAAAUAGCCGUUUUUGAUUUACCUACAGAAUGUCUUUGAUUCUAUUUGCAAUGCUCCCAGUGUUAAAUACCAGACUCCCAGAGAGUCAUUCAAAAUGAAUCAUCUUAUUUCUCUGCUGUUUUAAGCUUUAGUGAUUCACUCUCACUGAAGAAGACUAAACAUACUUGGUUAACUUUGGGAUUUAUCCAGGAGACAAAGGGCCAUCGAAGGAGGCUCAUCUGGGAAGUUUUUCCUUGACAAUAAUAUAUUGUUGUUAUGCAUUUAAAGUUUAGAAAAUGUAUUUGUUUUGUAUUUAUAUACUCAUAGAAAGGAGAAUUUUGAACAAUUAAGAUGGAAAAGAGAAAGCUGGAAUUAAAUAAGUUGUUUUAUGGUGUUUUGGUACCUUUUUAUUUCUUUUAGAAAACUUUGUACUACUGAAUAUGAUGAUUUAAGGGACUUGAAAUUGCUUGAUCGGGAUAAAAACAGAGAACAGAAUCUGUUGCACACCCCAAAAAAUACUAUUAUUAUAGUGUGAUCAUUCAAAAGGGUAUUCGGAUCACACUUGUGUUUGUUUGUUUGUUUGUGUGUGUGAUUUGGCACUUGAUGUGCAUGUGCAAAUAGUAAGUAUGCUUCAAGGUAUUUAAAUAGCAGUAGAUAGUGUCUAUAAGCAUGGAUGAUACAGUGCCAUAAAAUACUUUUAUUUUAACGUUACUCUGUCUGUCUGUAUAGUAAUAUUUUUCCACUCUUGUGGUGAUCUCUGAUGUAGAAAUGGUCACUUUGUACCCCUACCUCCCCCAUAGACCAGGGUUCUGACAUUUGAUCCUACACUCGAUUACAAAACCACACAAAUCCUCAUGUAUUUAAAGAGAACUUUUAAUCAUGGGUUAAAGGGCCAAAUCCUGUGAUGCAUCAGUUUUCAAUUUCAUUUUCUUGUGGUGUUCUUAAGGGAUAGUUUACCCAAAAAUUUACCAGAACUCUUUAACCCAACAACAUGUGUUUAUAAAUGAUUCAGAAUGUGAUGUGCGCUUAACAUUAAUCAGAGUGUUUGUGUCUGUGUGUUUUUAGUACGUUUAUUGGCUAACUGUGCCAUAUUUUUGACUUUCAAACAACUUAUUUUGUUGAAUUGACUGAAUUGACAUUUAUUUUGGAUAUUGUCAUUUUCAGCUUUUCCUGCAUGGAACUGAAUUUGUACAGAUUGUGAUGUGGACCUAGACGUAGACAGAAUGCCAUGAAUUUCACCGGACUGCUUUUUGGUUUAAUUUUUUAUGGUUAUGUAAAACGCCAGUUAAAUGACUACUUUUCAUUUGGUAAUAUAUUGUAACCUACUGAAUUGUAAAUAACAAAAAUGGCUUUUAUUUAUUAUUUUUCUCCCUAUUUGUGUUGGGAUUUGCACUCUAAUAUUUCCAGAACAAAAAAAGGGACAAGCGUGUCUCAGGAUAAGAGGUGUUAAAAUAAAGAUUUUCUUUUGUU